UUACUCUGCCACCCCCCGGCCUUCCUCCAGCCCCGGGAUGGGACGGGCUAGGCGCCUUGCCUGGGAGCCCGAGCAUGUGCCCAGCAUCAUCUAUGCCAGCCAGCUUUCAUCCAUCCUGCUGGGCCAAGUCCUCCACCACUUGGUCCAGGAGGAGCACCUGGGGCCCACGGUGGCAGAGCUGGAAGACCCACGGCAGACGCAGCUGGCUCCAGAGACACAGGGAGGGCCGGCUUCGUGGCUGGAGCCCAUCCAGGAGCUCCCUGAGUCCCCUGGGCUGGAGCUACGGCCGGUGUCACCUGCUUCAGCCCCUGCAGAGCCAGAGGAUCUCCCAGGAGUGGCCCCAGCCCCGGAGCCAGGCCCUGAGCUGGAGCCCUAUGUGUCCACAGCAGAGUCUAGCAGGUCACUCAUCUUCAGAUUCCCCUGGGCAGGCUGACGACUGGGGACUUCCUAUUCGGGAGGAUGGGAGAGAAUGGGGUCCCAGGACACACGCAGGGUCAGGAAGGGGGAGGGGCAGGUGCCUGGACAGGCAGGGGAGUGCACAGCGGGCAGCCCCACACGAGGGGGUGCCGGGAGGACAGUGUGGCUGGGAAGACCAGGCUUCUUACUCUGCCACCCCCCGGCCUUCCUCCAGCCCCGGGAUGGGACGGGCUAGGCGCCUUGCCUGGGAGCCCGAGCAUGGGCCCAACAUCGUCCCUGGCAGCCAGCCUUCAACCACCCUGGAGGACCAAGUCCUCCACCACUUGGUCCAGGAGGAGCACCUGGGGCCCACGGUGGCAGAGCUGAAAGACCCACGGCAGACGCAGCUGGCUCCAGAGACACAGGGAGGGCCGGCUUCGUGGCUGGAGCCCGUCCAGGAGCUCCCUGAGUCCCCUGGGCUGGAGCUACGGCCGGUGUCACCUGCUUCAGCCCCUGCAGAGCCGGUGGAUGUCCCAGGAGUGGCCCCAGCCCCGGAGCCUGGCCCUGAGCUGGAGCCCUAUGUGUCCACAGCAGAGUCCAGCAGGUCACUCAUCUUCAGAUUCCCAUGGGCGGGCUGAUGACUGGGGACUUCCUAUUCGGGAGGAUGGGAGAGGAUGGGGUCCCAGGACACACGCAGGGUCAGGAAGGGGGAGGGGCAGGUGCCUGGACAGGCAGGGGAGUGCACAGCGGGCAGCCCCA